CCUCCUCUCUCCCCCGCCGACUCCGCAGGCAUUUCCUUCGUUCUUCUGCCCCUCAGCCUGGUGCUUUGUUCUCCUUCUCUGCUCUUUGCUUAAUCUUCCGCGUCUGGCACGUUCUUCUCCAUCCCAACCACUCACACCUUCGCUGCCCCCUAUCUGCCAUCAUGUCUCUCAAGGCCGAACUCGAGACCUGGGCUUCCGCCCUCAAGGCAUACGACGAGGAGAACUUUGACAAGUCUCUCCAGCUCUUCUCCGAGAUCGGAGACUCCUCCAAGAUCCUCACCAACAUGGGCCUCAUCUAUGCCACCCUUGGCGAGCACGACGCCGCCGUCGAGCAGUUCACCGCUGCCACACAACUAGACCAGUAUCUUGCCGUCGCAUACUUCCAAUGCGGCGUGUCCAACUUCCUUCUCGGCCGCUACGAGACGUCUCUGCGUGACUUUGACGACGCGCUCCUCUACCUCCGCGGCAAUGGCGACAUCAACUACGAGCAACUUGGGCUCAAGUUCAAGCUUUACAGCGCCGAGGUGCUCUUCAACAAGGGCCUCGCCCACAUCUACAUGGGCCAGGUCGACCAGGGCCUCGCCGAGCUCCAGGAGGCGCGCAAAGAGAAGGUCACCCCCGAACACAGCGUCAUCGAUGAUGCCAUUGCCGAUCGCGGCGACGGCUACACCGUAUUCAGCAUCCCCGUCGGCGUGCUGUACCGCCCCGCCGAAAAGAAGCUCAAGAAUGCAAAGACGAAGGACUACAUGGGCAAGGCCAAACUGAUCGCCACCGAGGACGCGAGCGAGGCGUUCACAGAGUUCACUGGCGUCGCGCGCAUGCGGCAGGGCGUGAGUCCUACCGGCGCCACCGACUUUGGUCCCGGCGGCCUCCAACGCGCCGCCACCGUCUCCAACCCCACGCCUCCGCCCAAGUCUGAUGACUAUGUCCGUAGCGCUGCCCUUCAGCGCGCCAACACGACCAUCAACGUCUCCGUCGACCGCUUCCGCUCCAACCCCGCCAGCCCUGCGUCCCCGGCCACCUCCCCUGGCUCUGGCCCUCCGAGUGCCCCCGCGCUCUCCCGCAACGCUUCCUUCGCCGGUCGCAUGCAGCCCACACGCGGGCUCUCUAUCCGCAAGCCAGGCACGGACGCCCCGCCGCCGUCCACGCGCGGGAUGCGCACGACCGAGUUCUACGACUCGUACCUCGACUCGUACGCAGACGCACCGAGCGCGCUGCCGCCGGUGCCCGAGGCGCGCCCUGCGCCCGCGGCAGUCCGCCGUGCCCCGUCGAGGGCGCGCGCGGCGCCGCAGAGCACGUACAGCAACGGGAGCGUGCGCCGGCGGCCGACGCGGCGCGGGACGGUGCGCUCGCGGUACGAGGAAGAAGAGGAGGAGGGGUACGGGAGCGGCGAGUACGAGUACGAGCGGGAGGAGGACGGGUUCGUGAAGAUCCGGGUGAAGCUGCACUACGCGGACGACGUGCGCGGGAUGGCGCUGAGCCCGGGGAUGCCGUGGGAGGAGUUCCUGGAGCGGGUGACGGGCAAGUUUGGGCGGGAGCUGGAUGGGCUGGGGAUGAAGUUCAAGGACGAGGACGGCGGGAUGGUGUCGCUGCGGGACGAGAUGGACUAUGAGCUCGCGAUUGAGACGGCGCGCGAGCAGGCGAAGGGCAAGCCCGAGGGCCGGCUCGAGAUCUGGUGCACCGACGAGUGAGUGAGCGGUGGCGGGCUGUGUGCGUGCGGCUCGUCUUGGUAUGGCUUAAUGUUUUGAUUUUGGAGAACGAUCUCGUUCCUUGCUGGGACUACGUGCUUGUUGUCGACGAUUGUACUACACCCUGUGAAUCUAUGCUGCUCGCCCACGGCGUAGCGGACGCUCAUGUUUGUGGCGCGUGCGUGGGUGACGCAAUGAAAAUAUG